AUGCUACAGAUUGAUAUCAAAUCACUUGCUGACUCGUAUGGUAAUGUAGUGAUCGGUGGAAUAAUGGAGCACGUUAAACAGGCUGGAGUUCUUUCAGGUGAUUCAGCGUGCAUGCUUCCCACAAAAACAUUUUCUCCUUUAUGCCUGGACACUAUUAGGUCAUGUACCACAAAAUUGGCAAAGAGGUUAAAUGCGUGUGGACACAUGAACUGCCAAUAUGCCAUUAUAGCCUCCGAGGACGUUUUCUUGCUCGAGGCUAACCCCCAUGCAUCCCGGACAGUCCCUUUUGUUUCCGAGGCAAUUGUCCACCCACUGGCUAAAUAUGCUUGUCAUGUCAGGGAAGUCUCUUCAUGA